AUUUACGCACAGAAAUAUCACUGACGUGUCCAAGGGGAAGGAGACUUCUAGAGUUUAUGAUCAUUCCCAGUUUGUCCAAGAACAUUAGCUGGAAAACAAUAGUGCUUGGCGUAUUGUAUUGAAUUCCGAUAUAUAAUCUGUAUAAGCGAACGAAAUUAUGGCGGCGGUAUUAAAUACAUUUGUAAACUCUUUCACCAAGAGACUGGAGCCUCCCGUUAGACAACACUUGAAAAAUGUCUACGGGUGUCUGUCCAUGUCAACGCUAUCCGCUACCGCAGGAGUUUAUGUUCACAUGUACUCAGAGCUGUUGCAAGCUAAUUUGUUAACAACUCUUGGUACAUUGGGUUUGCUGUUUGCUUUGAUCAGUACACCAGACAACGGGAAAAAUCAAAAAUUACGACUUAGUUAUCUUUUGGGAUUUGCAUUCUUUUCCGGACUUGGUUUGGGUCCUUUACUUCAAUUGGUUAUGAGUAUUAAUCCAAGUAUUAUUGUAACUGCAUUGGUUGGAACAACUGUUGUAUUUGUGUCAUUUAGUAUUUCCUCUCUUUUGGCUGAAAGAGGACGUUGGUUAUAUCUUGGUGGUACCUUAAUUAGCUUGCUAAAUAUUAUGGUUCUGUUUUCAUUCGUGAAUCUAUUAUUACGCUGGUCUUUCUUCUACCAAGCCCAUUUGUACAUUGGACUGUUUUUAAUGUGCGGUUUCGUUAUUUAUGAUACGCAGUUGAUUAUUGAAAAAUACCACAUGGGCAGCAAAGAUUUCAUUCUACAUUCUUUAGAUCUAUUUGUAGAUUUCAUUGGUAUUUUCCGCUACCUCCUCAUAAUCCUCACGCAAAAGGAAAUAUCAAAAGAUCAACGUAAACGCAGAGAUUAAAUGGGAGCAAAGGAAGUUGUAAAAUAUCAUACCAUUCAAGUAAAUCCAUGAACUAGAGGUCUUCAUCCUAUCUAUUCAUAUGUAAGACGUAUAUUUACUAUGAUAAAAUAAAUUUAAAUAAUGCAGCUUAUCAUUACAUCAGAAAAUUUUUAGAAAUGCAUUGGUCAUAAAAACGCAAUGUAUUUAUUUCGAAUUACUUAGUUUUUAUUUUUUUUUUCAAUUAUCUAUUAGAUUUAUAUACAUGUAUACUAUUAAUAGAUAUAAAUUUAUUGUACUAUA